GAUGGAUGAUUUAGUCUAUGUUUUGCAGUCAAAGGAGGAAGGUUGGGACAUCAACUUCGGGCGAGGAUCACUCUCUUCCAUGUUCUCAUUACUACAACUUACUCAUCACACUUUCUCUCUUCCUCUAUGCUGAAACCAAUCUUCCAUGUCCUCUGUUUCCUCUCUAGACACAUGGAGUGUGUAGAAAGAUAUUCAACGUUUGCAUGUUCUUGAUUCUCAUUUUUACACAAGAAAAGAACACCAAGUAACACACCAAUAUGUUGCAAAGAGCUGCAAGCAAUGCUUAUACAUGGUGGUGGGCCAGCCACAUCAGAACAAAGCAAUCCAAAUGGGUGGAACAGAACCUCCAAGAUAUGGAGGAAAAAGUGCAAGCUGUUCUGAAGCUGUUACAGGAAGAGGGAGACUCCUUCGGAAAGAGAGCAGAAAUGUACUACAAAAGGAGACCGGAGCUGAUCAACUUUGUGGAAGAAUGUUUUCGUGCCUACCGAUCUUUGGCUGAUCGGUACGAUCACUUAUCAAGAGAUUUGCAAAAUGCCAACAACACCAUAGCUGCUAACUGUCCAGAUAAAGUCACAUACAUUGAUGAAGAUGAAGAUGAUGGUGGAUCACCAAGACCCAAUAAGAAGACCCCCCCUGAAGGCUUCAUGCAGGGGAAUAUUCCAAUGCCUCCAACAAAAGAGUUGAAGAAUCUCUUAAAGACGGCAACAAAGAAGCUCAAUCCUACUAAGAAGCCAGCCACAAAAGUUAAAUUCACUCUUCCUCCUAAGAAAUCUGGUUUGACCAAAGACGAGUUAAUUGAGCAGGUUGACAAGCUCCAGAAACAGAUUCUGGCAUUACAAACUGUUAAAGAGUUUCUGAAAAGCUCUUAUGAUAAUUCCGUUGCUAGGUACAAGGACACGGAUGAGCAGAUCAAGAAGCUUCAGGAGAAAGUUUCUCAGUUUCAAGAUGAGCUUGGCGGCCAAGGUGUUGCUAUUGAGGACGAGGAAGCUCGCCGUUUGAUGGCAGAAGCUGCUCUUAAAUCCUGCCAAGAGACAUUGGCUCACUUGCAACAGAAACAGGCAGAAUCUCAAGAUGAAACCAGGGUUGAGUCCAAACGGGUAAAGGAAACCCGGGGGAAGUUAAUGUCUCUGGUGAAUGAGUUACAUGACAAUCCAGAGGAUGCAAAAGAUGAUGCAGAAACAAAGGAGUUGGAAGAAGAUGCUGAUAAAAUAAGUCAGCAUCAACAGGAGGUGCAGUUACUACAGGAGAAGAUUAAAGAACACUUUGAGGCUGGUUCUCAUACAACUCUCACUGUGACAGAAAUGGCAGAGAAGAUUGAUGAGCUGGUGAGCAAAGUGGUCAGCUUAGAAUCCGCUGUUUCCUCACAGUCAGCUCUUGUAGCGAGAUGGAAAGCACAAACUGAUGAACUUAAUGCUCUUAUUAAAGUUCUUGAAUGUGAUAAGGAAACUAUGAUGAAUGACAAGAUUAAGUUGAAUGAGCAACUGAGAGAAAUGGAAGAAAAGCUGCAUGGAGUACAGAAUCUAAACAGAGUUGUUGAAGACCAGAAUAGCAACCUUGAAACUCAUUUCACGGAAGCACAAUGUAACCUUGACAAUCUGUCGGAGAAAGUACAGAAUGUGAAGUCUGAUGAGGAGGAGAAGGUUGAGGCUGAGGCUAAGAAUAUGACAGCACAAGAAGAGGCAACCCCGGCAGAGAGCGAAUCUCCGUUAGACUCAAAGACUGCUUCGACACAAGCACUAGGAGAUAGCCCAGAUUGGCAGCAGUUGUUUACAAGGGGAUUGGAAGGCAGAGAAAAGGUUUUGCUGACGGAGUAUACCAAUGCUCUUAGGAAUUACAAAGAGGUGAAGAACCAGCUUGCUGAGUUAGAGAAGAAAACUCAAGAUGCUCUCUUUGAUUCAUCUUUGCAGCUUAAAGAACUGAGGGGUGCAAAUGCCAUGAAAGAUGAAGAGAUUAGACUCCUGCGUCAGAAACUAAGUCUCCUGCAGAAAAGUCUAAAGGGAAGCGAGGCUAUGAAAGAUUUGCCUCCAGAGCAGACAGCAGAGAUUCAAGCCAUUGAGGAAAUUUUACAGAGAGAACUCACCCUUUCAAGGGGUUAUCCCAUUGAGGAAAUGUUAAAUAUGGAAGAGCCUGAGCCUAUAUCAGCCAUUGAAGAGAAGUUCCGAAUGAGCAUUGAUGAACUUCUGGAGGAGAAUUUAGAUUUCUGGAUGAGAUUCACUGCUACUAUCACUGAGAUACAGAGAUAUCAAACCCAGGUCAAAGACUUGCUGAUUGAGGAAAGAAAACUUGAGGAAAAAUGGAAAUCUUCAGAGGGAAGUAGCAGCACAAGAUACUCUUUGAGAUCAGAUGUACGGCCACUUUACAAACACCUUGCAGCGAUCCGAAUCGAAAUGCAAGCGUGGAUGGAAAGCAUUGUAGGGCUGAAAGAAGAACUUGAUCAGAGAUUCAGGUCCUUGUGUGACAUGCAGGAAGAAAUACUAACAGCCUUGAAAUCCAGUGCUGAAGAUGAUGAAAUCACGUUCACAAGCUAUCAAGCAGCCAAGUUUCAAGGCGAAUUAUUAAACAUGAAACAAGGGAAUAACAAGAUUUCUGAUGGACUCCAAACAGGUCUUGAUAUCAUAACAACUCUCCAGAUUGAUGUUGAGAAGGUUCUUCUAAAGAUGGUUGAGAAAUUUGGGCUAUCAACUCACAAUAAAAACCAGCCAACUAAAUCUUCCGAGACUUAUAACCGGAUUCCUCUCAAGUCAUUUAUCUUUGGCGGCAAACCAAAGAAACAAAAUAAAAACAUCUUCUCAAAAAUGACCCCGGGAAUGCAUAAAAAACACCGUGGUUCAAAAGAUAAGUAGCCAUGUGUACAAUUUUUGUACUGCUUCUAUUUUACUUUUCGGCUCUUCUUUUAUUAUUCUUUGACUGGUUUCAUUAGAUAGCUGAGUUGAGAUAUUAGAGUGCCUUUUCCACUUGAAAGGAAGAUAUUCAUUUUGUGCUUGUUUAUUCUGUGCUUUAUCUCUGACAUUUUCAACUAUUACAUUUUCUGCAUGUCUUUUAAACACCAAAAUGCUAUGUGCAAUGGUACUACUUUGAAAUCCUCAUUGAAAGUGAAGUAAACAAAUUCUCAUUUUCCUAAAAAGAAAAAGUUUCCUUCACUUGAAUGUUCACAUAUCAUGGAAUCAACCUUGCAGAUGAAUCUUUGAUGUUCGUGACAUAUUAACACUAAACCACUUGUAAAGACUGAGCAGAAAUAAGACAGAAACAGCAGAUAUGUGUGCCAAUAUUUCUGAGUCC